UGAUCAGCCUUAAUCACUUGUUCUGCUCCAGAACCCGAGUGCUCCCCGGCCCAACAAGGGUUCCGCGCUUGGUAAGUUUGCGGGGGUAUGCGCACGGUGUAACGGCAUCCUUGCGACCUCUUUUGACAAGUUGAGCGGGCCGCGUGGGAGCUGAGGAGAAAACUGGUCGAGGCCUUUGGUUGCUUUUUAUCAUUGAGUUCUGGGUCACCUGGGCUGAGGUCUCCGCUUCUACUUCAUUCACAGAGUUCUGCCCACGAGAUACAAAAGGCGUACGCGAUUCCUUGCAUUUGACGCGAAAGGUUUUGUUUGAGCUGCUUCCAAAGAUCUCAGGGAUCAACUGAGCUCUCCCACUACUCCGGACGAGCGAAUCGCCCACCUAGUCCUCCGGCUAUUGACUCUUAGUCCUCGUACUUGAAGCUUGUCAUUGUAAUUAAGGUCUCGAGGAUUGAAGAGAAAACGCAGAGCAUCAUGACAAGCUCAGAGUCGGAAGAGCAGGCGCAGCCACGGAAGCGGUCACGUACGAGUAAUAGUACUGAAGAUGGUGCUGCUGGGGGAAAAAAGGCAAGAGGAAGACCAAGAGUGGAUACCCAAGAUAGUACUGCUGCGGAUCGACGAAGAACACAGAUUCGUCUCGCGCAGCGAGCCUAUCGCCAGCGCAAAGAAACAACAAUCUCAUCACUGAAGUCACAAGGCACGCAGCUUCAUUCGAUCAUUGAGCAGAUGAACAAGACCUUUCUCCAGUUAAAUGAAUCAGCGCUGAAGUCAGGCUUGCUGCAAAUGAACCCUAGCCUAGCACAAGAGUUCAAGCUAGUCACAGAAACUUUCACAAAUUUUGCGAAGAUCGCUAGCGAUGACCAACAUAGUAGAGAUGGAGAUCAUGAAGGGAGUCCGGAAAACUCGACGGAUGGUGCUAACGGCACAAGCCAAGAGUCGCAAAUCCCUUCCCAGCCUGAACCAGAGCCUCAGCAGGUUGGAUGGGGAUACUCGGCCAUGAAUCCGACAGGAAAGGUUAACUCGGUACAACCAAUCCAAAUGCCACCAGAUAACUAUUUCUCACACCCUGCUGGCACCUUUGGACAAACAGACAGUACGACUAGCCUUGUUCGACGCCGUCAAUUCACGGUUGGCGACGUCCUCGAUCAGUCAAGAUCUUCCCAAGCUUCCACAUACCAACAAUCAACACAACCACAGCAACCAACGCAACUUCCUUUCGGUCUCGUCGACCUCCUCGGCGAGCACCCAACUCCGUUCACGCCACUUAAUCCCCACAUCUACUCUGUCAAUAUCCCAACACCAGACUUCACACCGCCGACUACCAGGCUAUCUACACCACCUUUACAGCUUCCGAACCCGCUAUUAAGCAAGACCCUUAAAUCAAUAACGACCUACAGCUUCGAUGAGACAACGUUUGCAAGACGCUUGACCAGGGCUUCGCUUGAGGCUGGCUUCCAGCUACUCAGUUCGGUGAAUCCCCGUCCCGCGGCCAUAAACUAUGUGUUCAAGCUGUCCUUGAGUUUCCUGACACGGGAGGAACUGCGUACACGGCUCAAGGCAAUGUUGUCGAGAGGUGUCAACGAGGAAUUGGAUUGGUGGGAAACACCUUUCAUCCACCUCGGCGGAGCAGGGACACAUUACCCACGCCGAGAUGCUUCAGGACACAUUAUCCCGAUCAAGAAUAGCUGGACGGCGAGGCAGAUAGGACCAUUCGAAAAACGAUUGAUGAGGCUAGAGAAUGUACAGGACGGGCGCUGGGAAGACUUGGACGACGUGGACCUGAUUGGCUUUGAGGGCGAGUGGUUUGACGCGUACGAUGUGCAAGGUUAUCUUGAAGAUAAAUACACCUGUAGAAUCGACCCGAAGAGCUCGUUCGCUGAAUGCUUGAUCGAAGAGGAGGAAGCCAGCGAGGCUGCGAAGCCCUCUAGCUGCCUUCCACAGUACGAUUCCAGCACAACAAGAGCACUGGACGAGGUUUCCAACUCUCCGAGUUUAACGCAUAGCUCUGCAUCAGCACCAGCGUCCUCUACCUCAUCUUCCGCCUCAUUCACACCACCGACGAAUGCUUUCAACCUACCCGACGCACCUUUCGGCCUCGAUAUGAACUUCAAUCACGCGCCUACACCAAACUACCCCGCCGACAUCCCCAAGCUCGCAAAUUACGACAUCUCAUUUGACCAGACCCUGGGCUUGGACCUUGCGCCCGGAUUUGACUAUGGGUUUGCUGGGGCCGCGGGAGGAUGGAGUGGAGAUAUGCAGCUGGGACUGGAUUUGAUGGGUGAAAAUGUGGAGGUUGUGAAGCAGAAGCGAAAGAAGACUACGUGGGUGGAUACUACUAUCUUGAUCAAUGAGUUGUUAAAACACGGUGUUUGCUUGGGAAGGGCGCCUGGCUUCAGGAGAAAGCAUGUCGAUAUGGCGUUACGUCUUGCUUUGAUUCCCCCGUACUGAGGGACAGGAUGAAUCUUGAUAGCAAAGUUUGUCGCGUGUUGUUCAAGGUAUACCUAUAUUUGGUUGGCGAUUGCGUGGCAGCGCAAAAGGCGAAGUUUAUUUGGU